AUGUACCCUGAGCUGAACAACCAGGAGCUGACCAAGGUCCUGUCUAAGAAAUACAAAGAACUCCCCAAGCAGAUGAAGCUGAAAUAUAUUCAAGAUUUCCAGAAGGAGAAACAGGAGUUUGAGAAGAAACUGGCUCAGUUUAGGAAAGACCACCCUGACCUUGUCCAGAACUCUAAGACAUCCGUUGCCCCCAAGGGGAGCCCAACCAAAGCCCAAGAGACGCUUCAGGAAAAUGUGGAAGAAGUGCAAUCCCCCUCAGAAAACGAUUUUCCUGACGUGAUGAAAUUCCAUGGAGAGCCCAAGAAGCCCCCAAUGAACGAAUACCACAAGUUCCACCAGGAUUUGUGGUCAAGUAGGGAGCUGCGCGACCUGCCCCUGAGGGAGCGCAUGGUGGAGAUUGGCAGACGCUGGCAGCGCAUCCCGCAGAGCCAGAAGCAGCAUUACAAGAAGCAGGCCGAGGAGCUGCAGGAACAGUACAAGGUGAACAUGCAUCGCUGGCUCAAGACUCUGUCUCCUGAAGAAUGCGCUGCUUACAGAGAGAGGACCUAUACUAAGCGUAAGAAUGUGAACAUGAAUGAAGGCCCGGACCCCAAGAUCAUCAGGACAGACAUGCACUGUCCCUCAGCAAAGACUCUGCAAGAAGGACUGCCACAGGAGCAGGGGCUUGGGGCUCCAGAAACAGAAUCUCUAGGGACUAGUGGGGUCCAUUGCCAUGCCUCACAGAGAUCGGAAGAAAAUAAGGAAGAUGGGGAAAAGGCAGAAGGCAGUAGCUCCUAA